ACGAUGAAAGCACUGCUCAUUGCGAUUCUUUUGUUUCUUUUGGUUUCUUUGGUUCUGUCAGAAGUCUUUGAUGGGGAGUAAGAAACCAGUUCUACACUGCAGACUCACAACUUUCGAAUCAAAAUUUGUGUAAAAAAUUAUUUUUUCCGGUUAAAAAAAAGGUUGUACGAUUGCGCAAAUAUGUCUAGCUAUAGAAGAUUGUACCGAGUAGAGCGCCUGAUGAAUCUGCUAAAGGCGAACCGCGGAAUGACCAGUACAGGAAGGCAACCGAUCUUCGAUGUGGAGACCAGAAAGGACUUUGAGCAGCGUGUGAUUAAGAGCGACCGACCGGUGGUGGUGGACUUCCAUGCCAGCUGGUGCUGUCCUUGCAAGGCUCUUAACCCUCGGCUGGAGAACAUUGUUUCGGAGCAAGGGGGCCGCGUGAAAUUGGCCCGUGUCGAUAUUGAUGAGCACGGAGAGCUGGCCCUGGACUACAACGUGGGAUCCGUUCCAUCCUUGGUGGUCAUCAGCAACGGCAAGGUGGUCAACCGAAUGGUGGGCCUCCAGACCAGCGAGUACAUCCGCAAGUGGCUCCACAAGGCGGUGCCCAAUCAGAAAUCCGAGGACUCGGAGAACUAGCUCAGCAUGUCAAUCGGUUGUGACAACAUGUACUUUGUAGGCUUGCUAAAAAUUUGAUUAAACCAUGUUCCCCGGCAA